AUGGUAUUGGACAUAAUUGAACAAUUAAAUCAACUUGAUAUUGUGUUAGCUUCAGGCUCACCAAGAAGAGUUGAGUAUCUUCGUAAUCUUGGUCUACGAUUUAGAGUUGUGGCCUCAACAUUUGAAGAGAACUUGGACAAGUCCCAGUUUAACAAUAUAGUGGACUAUGCUGUGACCAACGCUAUGUAUAAAGCACAAGAGGUCUUUGAACGUUUGAAAAGAGAGAAUAAGACACCAAAUAUAGUUAUUGGAGCAGAUAGUAUAGUUGUGUUGGAUAAUAAGAUAUUGGAGAAACCAAAGUCGAUGGAACAUGCUAAAGAGAUGUUGAGAUCAUUGAGUGGAAGACAACAUCAGGUUGUAAGUGGUGUACAUAUCAUUGUCAGUAUGGACAAUGGUGUCACUCACAACUCCACCAGUUUCCAUGAGUCUACCGACGUGGAGUUUGACCAACUCAGUGAUCAAUCAAUCAACUAUUAUGUUGAAACUUGUAAACCAUUGGAUAAGGCCGGUUCAUAUGGUAUACAAGAAGUGCCAGCGGCAUCAUUCAUCAAGCGUAUCAAUGGUUGUUAUUAUAAUGUUACGGGAAUACCGAUACAUCAUAUUUCCAAUCAACUUCGAUCAUUAUACAAUCAAUUCAUUCUACCAUCAUCAUUGGCAGGUGCACAAUCAUCAUCAUCAACA